AUGGACAAAGACUGGCUACACCGACAUGAGAAGCCGAUGUCUGAUGGCAAGAAACAUGAGAGGACAAGGUCCCACUUAACUGCUUUUAAAAUGUGGAAGAUGUAUGGAGUGAAUGUGCAAGUGGAUUCUCUUCUUUCACAAGCAAGACGAGAUGAAAUUCAGCAUCACAAUGAAGAGGUAAGGCAAAACCAUGAAAUUUUAAGAACAGUGACUGAAGCAGUAUUAUAUUUGUCUAAGCAGGAGUUGGCAUUCAUAGGUCAUUACGAAUCAGAAGACAGCUUGAAUAUAGGUAAUUAUAGGGAGUUGCUCGAGUCUUUUGCCAAGUUUGAUUCUGUAUAUGAACGGAGCUUACAUGGUAGAUUGGCUGAUUCUGAAAGGGGUGGGGGUGGACGUUUUACUGGGGUUUCUCCUGAAAUUCAAAAUGAUUUGAUUGUCUUGAUUCUGUUAUUGAUGAUGAAAUUUUGAAGGAGAUCAAUGAUUGUACUUUUACGAGUGUGCAGGGGUUGAUGAGGCAUCUGACGUUUCCACCAAAGAGCAGGUAAGUAUGAUUGUCUGUUUAGAUAAAGACAAUGAAAUUGUCAAAAGACAAUUGGGACUUGUGGAUGUCAGUAUGAAUAGGAAUGCUGCUGCAAUAUCUCAAGUUGUCACAAAGAUAAACUUGGUCAGUGUUCUAACAUCAAGGAGAAACUAAUUAUGCAAACGUAUGAUGGUGCUUCUGUCAUGUCUGGCCACAUUAAUGGUGUUCAAACUUUGGUUCGUCAAGAGUAUCUUUUUGCUCAAUUUGUCCACUGUGCAGCUCACAGGUUAAAUCUUGUUUUGUGCCAGUCUGCUUCAUCUAUUGCUCCUGUCAAAAUUUUUUUUAUUAAUACAAGUGCCUUUAGUACUUUUACAAGUAAUGCUCCUAGAAGAAAGGCAUUUCUGACAUCCCAUAAUCUUGAGUUUCCCAACCCUGGUGAUACUAGGUGGUACUAUCGAGCCUGUGUUAUUGUUUUAUAUAAAAAUUAUGAGAAACUUUUAGAUGUUUUUGAUGAAGUAACUGAGCAACCUGAUGGUUGGGAUGAUGAAUCAUUGGAUAAGGUUAGUGGUUUACUGCACUAUCUUAAUAGUUUCCUUUUCUGUUUUUUGGUAUGUGUUUUUUACAAGAUUUUAGAGCAGUCUUCUAUCUUGUAUUCAGUGCUUCAAAAUACAGGUACAGACUUCAGCUAUGGCAUAAGCAGGAUUGAACGUUUCAAGAACUUUGUUUCUGCUCUGCGCACCGAUGAAGAUUUUGAUAAAUUUUAUCAAGAAGCAGUAGACAAAGUUGGCCAACCUGUUAGCAGGGUUGACAAGAAGCACAACUACAAACAACUUUAUUUUGAAAAGGGUGAAAGGAUAUUUAAGGAACAGAUUGGGUCAGGCUCGGCUCAGUUCUCUUUGUAG